GAUGUUCGACGACGCUCAGAUUCAGAUUCAGUUUCUUUUCACCUUUCGUCGGUUGUAGAUCGCUGCCAGCGGAAGCAACGGAUACCAAGUCCCAGACACACAGGCACCAAAUGCCUUGGAAAAUAUUUUUGAAAAAUUCCAAGUCACAAUCGAGAGCAACUAAUGCGUUCGAGCCAGAUUAAUUAGCCAGAGGUGAAAAGUGCAUUGCGCGGCUACAGAUACUGAUUUUGUUUUAAAAAUCGCACACCAAAACCAGUUAAAAAAAUAAAAAACACAAGCGAAAUAUAUAUUUUCGAGUGCCCCAGUGCCAGUGCAAAAAUUAAAAAAAAGCUAUCGCAAAAUAAAUCAAAUUUUGUGCAACGCGAGAAUACACAAAAGAUAUAUUCGAAUAAAUACAACUAAUAAUAUCGUGUCGUCGUUGCGUCGCCGUUGACAAAAGUGCAAUACAAUCAUCAUAUAUUUAUUACAACCAAUUACAUAUUGUUAAUCAAAAGUAAUAAAAUACGCAAAUCAAGGCGAAAUAUUGCAUGUACAUAACAAAAAGUGCGGUUGGAAAAAUACAAAAAUUGCAAGAGUUACGAAAAACAAAAACGUAAAAAAAAAACUGAAAACCAAGCAACACGCCCGGAUUCGAUUGCAUUUUUUUGCGGUGUAGUUGUAAAUUUGUUGACGCUGCUUUUCUGCCCAAAAGUAUCAGAUUCGGAUUCGCCGUACACAUCCACAUAUGCAUACGCCAGUUUAUAAAACUUCUGAUUUCUGAAUUUCCGCUCGGACACCAAACUCAGCAGAAAAUUAAAACUCUUUCGUCAGUCAAAUGAUAGACUUGCGACGAUACUACGCACAAACCCAUGUUGGAUUAUAAUUUAUACCCUUAAAUUUGGGGGCUACAAUGCGGCCAAAAGUAUACGAUGUUCCACAAGUUCAUGCCCAAUGUCAGGACUUAUAUUAUACUGAUGACUUUUGUGGCUGCUAUUGCGUGGUCAGCAAGCGCCGCGAAAAAUGUUUUAACAUUGAGCAAACACAGCGAACUUGCGCUGCACAUCAAUUCGCACGGCAAAGUGACCGCCGAGAACAUACUGCGGACAUAUCAAUACUUCAAUAUGGAAGCUGUCAACGAUGUGUUCAGCCUGGAUUUCAAAAUCACCAUCUAUUCGGCGGAUGUAGACUACUAUCUGUGCUUCCAUCACGGCAGACUGGUUGGAAAGAGAAACGCCACAAAGGAGUGCCACUUUAAGGAGGGAAUUUUCAUGGGCAAUCAGAACUUUAGUAGCGCCUACAAUCCAGUGCUGCGUGUGGGUUUCAAGGGAAAUUUCAAGCCCAUUGGCUUGAAUGAUUUUUCCAAACCGAAAGUGAUGAAGAAGGCCAUACUGUUUUUCUUUCCUUUGAAUGAGGAGAAAUUCAAUUUACAUUUGGCUGAAGUGCUGAGCAGUAGCACCACCACCACCACCACGACGACGACAACAACAACUACAUCAACCACAACAACGACAACACCACCACCCAGUACCACCACAACAACAACCACAACAACCACACCAGCUAGCCCAGUGGCGGUCACAAAACGGACGCGUUCCAAAUCGCGUCGCCCAACAAGUAUUAAUAGCAAUAGUAGCAACAGCAAUAUCCCUGACAAAAUCAGCAGACACAACAGUAAUAGCCUUAAGUCCUACAACCAAGCCAAUAGCAACAACAACAACAACAGCAGUAACAAUAAUGAGUUGGAUCUGCAGCAGCAACAGGUGAUCCUGCAGAGAAAUCGCAAGCUCGAUCGCCGCCACAGGCUGCAACAAAAGAAGCGGCAGCUGCAACUGCAGCAGCAACAACGCCGUCGCCAGCGGCAGCACGGCACAAUGGGUGUGAUGGCCCAGCCGCAGCCCAAAAACCUGGUGGUGCGUCAUCAUCACAACAAUGCCACCAUCAUGGAGCGGCGCAGACGUCGCCGCUUGGAGCGGCAGCAGCACAAGUUGCAGCGCCAGUUGUGGGAGCGCGAGCAGCGCGAGGCGGGCGAAAAGGAGCGGGAACGCGAGCGGGUGGAGCACCUGCCCAAGGCCACCUCCUCGGCCUCGUCCUCCUCCUCCUCCUCGUCGACGGCCACCUCGACCGCUCUGACCGCCACGGCCGCCUCGUUGGCACCCAGCGCCUUCAAUUUGGUGGCCAUCAUGGCCGCCAGUCGUCGCAAGCGGGACAGGCGAAAACGCUCGGCGGGAGCAACAGGUGCUGGUGCGGGCGCAACAGGUGCGGGCGCAACAAGGGGCGGCGGCAGCAGCAGCAACAGUCCGCCCGAUGCUGAUAUGCAACUGGUUGAGCUGCCCUCGCAGCGAUUGCAGCAGCAGGAUGAACAGCACCCACAAAACGAAUACUCAAAACCCUAUGUUAAUAGUAACUUAAACUUAGAUCUAGACCUAAACGUAAACGUAAAGCAACUAAUUGAUAGUAGUAGCGUUAGUGUUAAUCAUGCAAUACCUGCCUUGCCAAAAAACUACAACUACUUGUACAGUAACGAGCAUUAUAAUUUGAAUACAAAAAGUAGCACGACUGAUUCUAGUAGUUUAGACGAUAGCACUAAGUUCGAUAGUCCAAAUAGCCAUAGCCAUAGCCACAGCGCGUUCAAUCAGAAUAUUGACAAUAAUCUUAAGCAAUUAACCGAUCGAAUUGAACUUGCCUCAGCUGAAAGCCAAGUUGAGACAACAGCGAACCCCGAAGGUGAGACAGAGACAGUUACUACCGAAACUGUAGUGCAGAAUCGCAAUCAUAUUGAUGCUAAUAAUAUAAUCGACGAUAGCUAUCCGAACGACGAGGAGCACGGAGAGCUGAUUCUAAAGAAACUUCUUCGUGGCCUCAGGUUGCAACAGCAACAAGUGCAGCAGCAGCAGCAACAACCUAAUAUUGAAAACCCUAACGAAAAUAUUAAUGUUGUUAACAAUAAUCAGAAUCAUAACGAUGGUGGGCUGCUGACAAACAAUAACCAUAAUAGUAAUUACAAUGAGCAAUUUGCGAAUGACGAUGAAACGAUACGAAUUCAAAAUAAUAAAUAUGAAACACAUAUAGUACAAUACAAACAUGCGGUAUUUAUUUGGAAAUGA